ACGUAGUAACUUGGCGAUCGCAAACCGGUUCUGUGACGAGACAGACGUUCUUUGAAAAAUAGAACUCCUAACUUUCAGUCUUGGGAGUCCCGGUGUUGUGCCCGGUGUCAGGCUUCGUCGCCGUGGGGAUCUGGAGGCUGUGGACGAGCAGCAAUCUUUCUUUCUCCCUCUUCCACAGCUUGCGCCAUUUUGUCCGGGAUCAUGGCUCUCACAUCCCGAAUCACCCUGACGGGCUCCCGGCCGGAGGAUCCCGAGGACUACUUCUCGUCGUCCCUCGCGGUCAUAUUCCCGGGCGACGUCACCAACCAGCACGGCGACGCGGACCACGGCCUGCUCUACACCUCUCCGCACCUGCCCAGACCCCUGCACAUCAGCCUGGUCGAUCCCGUAGGUGAAGACGACCGCCAGCUCUUCAGCCACUACCUCUGGAACUCGUCCCUGCUCCUCGCCGAGAUGAUCGAAGCAGCCACCCUGGACCUCCUCCCCCCCUCCUCCUCCUCCUCACAGGCCGAACCCGCCCACCCCUUGUCGGCCCCCCGGUCGUCCUUCUCGGUCGCGGGCCUUUCGGUCCUGGAGCUCGGCGCGGGCACGGCGCUCCCCUCGCAGCUCUGCGCCCUCCUCGGCGCGUCCCGCGUCGUCGUCACGGAUUACCCGUCCCCGCCGGUGCUGGCCAACCUGCGCGCCAACGUCGAGCGCAACGUCCGGCCCGAGAACUCGCCGCUCGGCCGCGCCGCCACGCCGCCGCCGGUGGCGGUCGUCGGGCACGGGUGGGGCGACCUGUCGGACCUGGUGGUCGGGGUAGGCGACGGCGACGGCGGGGGCGGGGGCGUCGGCGGGGGGUUCGAUCGCGUCCUGGUCGCUGACUGCCUGUGGAUGCCGUGGCAGCACGACGGGCUACGGCGGUCGGUUGCCGGGUUCCUGGGCCGGGGGCCGAGGGCGCGGGCGUGGGUCGUGGCGGGGCUGCAUACGGGGAGGGAGGCGAUGCGCGGGUUCUUUGGGGAGGAGGAGCUGCGGCUGGUGGGGCUCGAGGUGGAGUGGAUCUGGGAGAGGGACUGCGACGGGCUGGAGAGGGAGUGGGCCUGGGAUCGGGGGGUCGAGGACGUGAUCGAGCGGAAGAGGUGGCUUGUCGUGGCUGUCUUGCGGAGGAUUCCGGGAGGGGAUGGGUGAAGAGAACCUGUCUCUUGUUGGGGAGGGGGGACGCGGG